AUGUCGGAGUCUUACGGCCACCAACUGCUCCUGAACAAGUAUGAGUUCCAUGAUGCCACCAUGAAAUCCACAAUUUUGGAUCUGGAUGAGCUGCCUGUCAUGUCACUUUGGAAGCAUAUGUCAUUUGAGGCCAUCUUUGUGGCUGCCACAUACGAUAAGAGUAGAUUAGGUUGUAUUGGCAGCAUAGUCAAAGCUGAGAGUAACCACACCAUUGGAGUGGAGUUUGGAUCAAAGAUUGUUAAUGUUGGUGGCAAGUCAGUCAAGCUACAGAUAUGGGACACUGCUGGACAGGAGAGAUUCAGAUCUGUGACUCGCUCUUAUUACCGAGGAGCAGCAGGAGCCCUCCUAGUGUAUGACCUCACCUCCAGGGACAGUUACAAUGCUCUGGGCAACUGGCUUGGUGAUGCCCGGUCUUUAGCUUCUCCUAAUAUUGUAAUUCUCUGUGUAGGGAAUAAAAAGGAUUUGGAGGAUGAGCGGCAAGUUACCUUCAUGGAGGCCUCAAGAUUUGCUCAAGAAAAUGAACUGAUGUUUAUGGAGGCUAGUGCCCUGACUGGAGAAAAUGUUGAAGAAGCUUUCCUAAAAUGUGCCAAGAGUAUCCUUGCAAAGAUAGAAACAGGAUCACAUCAGUACACUGAUGUGUACUUCAAAAGACCAAGUUCAGUGUGCUACCUUGGACUGUGCAUGGCACAACAGGAAACAAAUUUAAGGCAACCUCAUCAGAAGAUGGAACAGAGUGCAUCUGCAGGCUUUGAGGACAUGAACACCAAUCCCUGA